AUGCCAUCAAUCAUAGAACUUGGAGCCCCGGACCGCAAGAAUGGCGACCUGACCAUCACUGGCGAUUCGAAUGCGCUAUUGUCCCUGCUCAAGGACCAGAUCAGCGAUUUCCCCCCUGGCAAACAGUACAGCAUCGCCAUCAAAGAAGUCCCGGUCACUGUCGAACGCCUGCCUUACUACCCAAAGGACGGUGAUCGUCUCCAGGACCCUGGAACAGCUCGUGUAAACAUUGCUGCAUCCAAUGAGAGCCCCAAUGGAACCUCUCAGGACAACUGGGCUCGGAACCACCAACACCAAACUGUCGUACAACAGCAUGUGGUCUACUGGGACAAAGAUCAAGAUGGUAUCAUCUGGCCUCUGGAUACCUACAGAGGCUGCCGGGCGUGGGGCUGGAACCCCAUUCUCUGCCUGAUCGCCACUUUCCUCAUCAAUGUCAACCUUUCCUAUCCUACUUCGCCUUCCUGGAUCCCCGAUCCUUUCUUCCGUAUACACAUCUCCAACCUCCACAAGGACAAGCACGGCAGACCUCAAAACUUCGAAGACCUGUUCUCAAAGUACGAUCGUGGCAACAAAGGUGGACUCGACGCUUAUGAUCUGAUCAGAAUGCACAAGGGUCAAAGAAUGGCAAUGGACUUCUUCGGCUGGAGUGCGUCCUUCUUCGAAUGGCUCGCCACCUAUCUUCUGCUCUGGCCCGAAGAUGGUAUCAUGCGCAAAGAUGACGUUCGCAGAAUCUACGAUGGCAGCAUCUUCCAGUUCAAAGCAAACGAGUAUGCUGAGAAGAAGAGACAUCAUGGACGUACCAACGAGAGCGUAGAGAGCAGGAAGAAGCAAGCUUGA